AUGGAUUUGCUCCCCAGCAGGAGGAAAGCGGAGGUGUCUGCGCCUGUGGCCGAGUCCAGCGAGGCUCGACAGAAGUUUGCCAACGCCAAGGCCAUCUCCUCAGACAUGUUCUUCGGCCGGGAGAGCAGUGCGGACUAUGAUACCAAGACAAGACUGGAGAGCAUGUCUGGUAACAGUGCCAUCAGCUCAGCUGACCUGUUUGGAGAGAACUCGGACCGCUCAGCAGAAUCAUGCAGUCCUAGUUCUUACCUUGACGAUGUUGUCAUGGUCGAGGCGACGGAUGAUUUUAAUUUCCCGGAGGGCGUGCUUGACGCUCUGGGGGUCGCGGUCAAUUAUACUGGCCAAUGGUGAUUUGCCGGAAGUUGUGAAGUGUCCAUGCAAGUGAACGGAGCAUAAACAAAAAAAAUGGACAGCUGAACGUUGGGAAGACCCAUGCAAGUGAAUGGAGCAGUGUAAAGCAUUGAGAAGAGCCGUGUAAUAAUCCAUAAUAAUGUAAGGUUUAGAAGUUAAAUAUUUGAAAGUUGUAGAAUAAAUUAAUAUAAUUUAUAUUGGAGUUAAUUUGCUAGAAAUGUACUUACAAUUUUUAGUCAGUUAAUCAUUUACACAUUUAUGUUACACAAUUAUUACAUAUUUACAUGUUUACAUAUUUAACACAGUCAGGAUUAUUCUGUUGAAUCUGCCUCUCUGAUUCCCUCACGUUUACCUCAGUCUAAAUUCUAGCUUCUGAUUGGUUAGUUCAGUCAAGUGAUGGUUCCGAACAAGGAAGUGUUUGAAAAUAGAUUAACGGCGAUAUUUUUUUUAUCGCACGAUAAAAGUUUCGCGUUAACACAGCCGUUAACGCCGAUAACG